AUGGCGUCGCCGCCUGCACCUGGACUCCAAACGACGCCGGGCGAUGAUGGCCGUGAGCAGCGACGGGACCUUUCUCCAGCCCCCCUGCCGCCAAAGGGCAAGGAGAAGAAGAGGGUUGGCUUUGCCAGCGACAGGCAGCCUCCGGCAAAUAGUCCCGGCAGCCCAUUCCAUACCGCACAGGGCGAACCGGAGAAUGACGCCCAGGAUUACUUCUCCUUCACGCCGUCUCCAAACAGCAACGGGUCCACGCCUUUGCAUCCUGAAGGCCUAACCAGGCGACCGUCUGUCGAUGAGGCAGAGCUGGCUGCUGCUGUUGCCCGGUACUUUGAGGGCGAGCAGACCAGCGGCCGGGCUGAAAGCCACGCCGGUCCGAGCCGACCCCGUCCAGUGCUUCGAAAAUCAUCAGCCAUUACGACGCCGGACGAGAUGCCGACGGCUCCCCACAGAUCCGAGGUUGAAGCAAAGAACCGGGCUGACCGACUCGCUUAUGACGUCGGGACCUCGUCCGUUCCCGUGUCAGGCAGGAGUUCGGUCGAUUCAGGGAGAGAAACGGUAGAUCAUGAUGAUCAGUUGCUCGACCAAGCAGCCGCCGCUGCGCAAGACUUGGGACCGGAAGGAGACUCGGAGAUGCUCAGACGGCGUAGAAACGCACACCUCGAGGCCGACCAACUCGUCAAGGCUCACCGGCGCCGCAAAAGCCCUCUGAUCAACUCGUUCUUCCCCCCCAGAUCGGGCACUGCUACUCCCGUCGAGCACGACGUGGAAUAUGUGCCCCCUCCCCCGACGUACAAGGGAGGAAUCUUGGGCACCUUGCUCAAACUUUACAAUGCCGAAGACAAAUACGGCUCAGCAUACACCGAUUCCAGCGCCGCAAGCACGCCCGUGAGCUCUCCGCCGACGUCUAGGUCAAGCACACCGAAGCCAGACAGCCGCCGUUCGCGACCGCGGGCGGCACAGUCGUCGAGCACCUUGACGGGCCUUAUGGAAUCGUCUUUCGUAUUCGCCGCUCCGGGUUCUAGCAAGGACAUCUCCGAGGCAGUCUCCGAAAAGGUGAAGCAGGAGGCCAGCAAGUCGAGGAAGACGGCCAAGUCCAAGAAGAAAGCGGAAGAAUACCGGAUCAAGAUCCACAUCGCCGAGAUCAUCAACCGCCAUACUUACCUCCUCAAGCUAUGCAGGGCGCUCAUGACCUAUGGUGCCCCAACCCACCGGCUCGAGGCGUACAUGAGGAUGUCGGCUCGUGUCCUCGGCAUCGAGGGCCAGUUCCUAUAUCUCCCGGACACCAUGAUCAUCUCAUUCGACGACAGCAACACACACACCACCGAAGUCAAGAUUGUGCGCGCGGGCCAGGGCCUGGACUUCGGCCGGUUGCGGGACGUCCACGAGAUCUACAAGGAGGUGGUGCACGAUCGCAUCGGCGUCGACGAGGCGACAGCACGUCUAGACGAAAUCACCGCGCGCAAGCCGAAAUUCCCCGUCUGGUUGCGUAUCAUCCUCUACGGCAUCGCCUCAGCAAUGGUUGCCCCUUUUGGCUUCGAGGGGCGCUACAUCGACAUGCCAAUCUGCUUCAUCCUCGGCUGCCUGGUGGGGUUCUUGCAGCUCUACCUGUCUCCCUCGAACGAGCUGUACGCCAAUGUUUUCGAGAUUACCGCAGCGGUGGCGACCUCGUUCCUGGCCCGCGUCUUCGGCUCGAUACGGGGCGGCACACUCUUUUGCUUCUCGUCCCUCGCCCAGGCAUCCAUCGCCCUGAUUCUGCCGGGCUACAUGGUGCUCUGCGCGAGCUUGGAGCUGCAGAGUCACCAGAUGGUGUCGGGCUCGGUUCGCAUGGUGUACGCCCUCAUCUACACCCUCUUCCUCGGAUACGGCUUCACCAUCGGAUUGGUCAUCUACGGAUACAUGGACAGCAACGCCGUCAGCGACGUGCACUGCUCGGUCGGCGACAGCUGGUACACCAAGCGGCCGCCCGAGAACUACUACCUCCUCUUCGUCUUCCCCUUCACCCUCUGCCUCUGCUUCAUCAACCAAGCCAAAUGGAAGCAGACGCCCGUGCAGGUCUUCAUCUCCCUAGCCGGCUUCUGCGUCAACAACUUCUCCUCCCGCUUCUUCAAAGGCAACGGCAUCGUCCCGAGUUCUCUCGGCGCCUUCACCAUCGGCGUCCUCGCCAACCUCUACUCCCGCCUCGGCCGCUACACCCAGAACUGGCUCUUGGACAUGUGGGAGCACCACGUCGAGCCGCGCCUCUACCGCCUCGCCGGCAAAUUUCGCCCGCGCCACUCGCCAUACUAUAACUGCCCGCCUGCCGUCGACUCGGACGAGACCAUCUCGAACCAGAAAACCCACGCCGCGGGCGACCUGGAGAUGGGAGGAGGAGCCAUGAAACCGCAGGCGGCGGCGGCGCGGGGGGGCCCCGCCCCGCGCGCCCGCCACAUCGGCUACGGCCUCGCGGCGGCCGCCAUGCUGCCCGCCAUCUUUGUGCAGGUCCCCUCGGGCCUGGCGGCCAGCGGCUCGCUGCUGAGCGGCGUGACGAGCGCGGACCAGAUCGUCCGCAACGAGACCCUCCUCGCCAACGGCACCGUCGUCAACGGAAACACGUCCGUGGCCGCCACGUCCCAGUCGGGCAGCGGCGGGGAUCUCACCAACUCGGCCUUCAGCGUCCUCUUUAGCGUCAUCCAGGUCGCCAUCAACAUCUCGGUGGGGCUCUCGUUGAGUGCUCUGUUGGUGUAUCCCUUUGGAAAGAGAAGAAGCGGGCUUUUCAGUUUCUGA